UUUGGUGGAGGGAAAAUACAAGAGCACAAGAAAGAAACUUCCGUUUCCAAAAUAUCAUUUCGACCUACACGGUUUAAGAAAGAAAUUCUCGAUUGUCUCGUUUUAUUCAUUGUGUGAGCUUAGAAACAAACAUUGCAGAUCAAUGAUGGUUUUGAACGACAACAAGGGUUUGGAUCCCCGAGCGAUACACGCACGAGUCAUAAAAUCCAACAUAACAGACAUUGCCAUAUUCAACAACCUCGUAACACACUACUUCAAAUCCAACCUCUCUUCCUAUGCUCUCUCCCUCUUCAACCGAAUCCCUUCUCCCAACGUUGUGACAUGGACUUCACUCAUCACCGCACAUUCUAACACCCUCCUCUCCCUCCAUUAUUUCCUCUCCAUGCUUCGCCACACUAUCCUCCCCAACCACCGCACCGUCGCUUCCCUUUUCGCCACAUGCGCUUCCCUCUCUUGUCUCUCCUUCGGCCUCUCCCUCCAUUCCCUCUCCCUUAAACUCGCACUCUCUCACCACCCUUUUCCCUCUUCCUCGCUCCUCACUUUUUACUCCAAAUGUCGACUUCCCAACCAUGCCCUUCAAGUGUUCGACCAAACUCCCCACAGAGACAAUGUUUCUUACUCCGCUAUCAUUGUCGCUCUUUCUCAGAAUUUUCGAUAUUCUGACGCUCUUUUCCUCUUUGCUGACAUGAGAUGUCAGGGUUUUAUGUCUACUGUUCAUAGUGUUUCUGCCAGUCUACGUGCUGCUGCUCAGCUUGCUGCGUUGGAGCAGUGUAGGAUUAUUCAUGCACACUCUGUUGUUGCUGGUCUUGAUUCAAGUGUUGUUGUUGCUACUUCUCUUGUUGAUGGGUAUGGUAAAACGGGUCUUGUUAACGAUGCAAGACGGGUUUUUGAGGAUAAUUUGUAUUGCAUGAAUGUUGUGGGUUAUGGCUAGGAAGGUAUUGGAACUAGAGCCCCAUGAUGAUUCUGCUUUUGUAAUUGUUGCUAAUGUUUUAUCGGCUGCUGGAAGGUGGGAUGAUGUUGCGGAGUUGAGGAAGACUAUGAAAGAUAGGAGGGUGAAGAAGAAAGGAGGGAGGAGUUGGAUUGAGGUGCAGGGGAAAGUUCAUGUUUUUGUUGCAGGGGAUUGGAAGCAUGAGAGGUCAGUGGAGAUUUAUCAGAAGCUGUCCGAGCUGAUGGGGGAUAUUGAGAAAUUAGGAUAUGUUCCUGUUUGGGAUGAGUUGUUGCAUAAUGUUGGGGAAGAAAAGAGAAAGGAAGCUCUUUGGUAUCACAGUGAGAAGUUGGCAGUUGCAUUUGGAGUGUUGUGUGGAUCUGUACCACAGGGUAAGCCAUUAAGGAUUGUGAAGAAUUUGAGGAUUUGUAAAGAUUGCCACGAGGCUUUUAAGUAUAUGACUAGAGUUUUAGAAAGGGAAAUUAUUGUAAGGGACGUCAACAGAUACCACAGAUUUCUGAAUGGCGAUUGUAGUUGUAAAGAUAUAUGGUAAUAGCAUUAGCAUAUAUCACAGAACUAUUUUUUCCAUGACCAUGACAAAUGUUGCUGGAGAAACAAAACUAUUUAUUCCUCGUAAUUGAGAUGCAGAUAAGGGAGAAUGAUAUGCGGCAGUACACACAAACCACCUGAGGACUGAUGCUCGAACAACAUUCUCGAACUGAUCAGGUGACUGGCUUUGGCAGCUUUUGAUUUGAAGGUACAAAAUUUUGUUAAGUUUUCAUCUUCUUUCAAUCACGACUCGGCCAUUUUCUUACUCUCAUCACUUGAAAGACUGCAUUAUGCAUGCAUCAAAAACAGAAGGACAUUGGGGAGAGUGAAGUGGAGAAAGAUUUCAUGUUUUUGGUUCCAAAAAAAGAAUUGUUUUGAAUUUUAAAGGUACAAAGGUUAUUGAGACUGCUAAAGUGACUUAUGCCUUCAUCAUGCUGUUAGCCCUUAUAGGCUCCAACCAAGGAUGUGGAGAUUUCAACGCUUCCUUUAUCAGGGGAAACAGGAAGGGCAGUAUUUCCUCAUCUGUGACAGAGAUAUUCACUAUUCUUUUUGAAGAGACUUCAUCAUCGUCUUUAUCCUCAAGCACAACAAAAGCACCCUCAUCCACAGCGACAAAGCAUAGAAGCUCCAGAUUGUGAAGUAUCAUCCAAACCAACAGGGGAUGAGGGAAGGGCUUCCUUCCUGCUGUCUUAUUUUUCUUUCUUCAUAUCAUUAGUAUGUGAGUUUAAUUGAGUUGUUUAUAGGCAACCACUUCGGAGUAAAAACUAGUUAGAUUGCUUAAAACAUAUAUGACGUUUUGGGCUCACAAUAAAUUAAUUAAGCAACUCAUUUAGUCCUCCCCACUUGUAAAAAAAACUCAUUUAGUCCUCACCAUUAAAGAUGCUCUAAUAGUCUAAUUGAGUGGAGGUGAAAAGGAAAUCCAAGGUAAUAGAAAUAGAAGCCGGUAAAUGUAUGAGUGAUAUUGUGUGGAAAAUAGCAAGAUCUUGGCCGAUGAAUAAAUUUUGCACCCUCUACUCCAUAUCUUAGUUAGUUUAAGAUUUUAUGUACAAAUUAAGAAAGCAUUCAAUUGAUGUAUAUUUGUUGGGAAGAAAAAAAAAUA